AUGAUUCCUGAUGAGAACACAUUAUCACGAUUUGUUGCUGCUCGACUCGAGUUGCCCAUUUCACAAAGUUUACUCAAUCGAAAUUUCAAAUUAUCAGUUAUCAAACGUUGCUGGGAGGAUCAACUAAGAUUAAAACAAAAUGAUUUUGCUACUGAUUGUGAUUUAUUAAUUGCUUGUAUUAUUCUUCAAAAACAAAUCGAUCAUAUCAAUGGUCAUCAAGAAAAUAUUAUUGUACCGAGUAUCAAGAUGAAAAUGAUUCGUGAGACAGAACAAUCCAGUUCAUCAUCAUCCACGCCAACAUCGAACGAACCAUUUUCAUCAAAUUCAUCGAAUACUAAUAACAUAACCGAAUCAAAAUCAACAAUUGCAACGAUCGAUCAUCAAUCAAAGACAGAAAUAAAAGCUAGUUUGACAACGGUUUUAGAGUCGUCGAAUUUGUGUAUACUUUGUUUAACAGAAGAUAAACGUCUUGCAUGUAUUCCAUGUGGACAUUUGGCAACUUGUGUUCCCUGUGGGCAUUCACUUCGAACAUGUCCAGUUUGUCGAAGAGAAAUCGAGGCUUUUGUACGCAUCUAUAUUUAA